UACAAAAAUCGUCUCGGUAAAAUCAAAGCUUCGCUGGUCUAGUCGACUAAAGGAGAACGAUAAGCGAGUUGGAACGCGGCCGACAUAACGGUUCUCACACAAGCUUGCGGGCGGACUGGUAAACUCACGGAUUUCUUAACUUUUCUCGACUUUUAAGAAGUCAGACGACAAAAUGUUGUCUUUUUUACGCUGAGGUAAACAAUACUACCCGGUUUGAAAACAUGUAUUGAUGUCUAAAUGUCGUUUUUGACACUUUUAUACCUGCCUGCGUCAGACGUCUCUUUCUGAGCUGUCAGUCAAAUCUAAAUCCAGAGUGUACUCGGAGCCUAGUGCACUUCAUAGUCUCCUCAAUCCGAGUUUGACUUUCUUGACGCUGGAGUUUAAUGGCAUGUGAUUAAUAACGUGUGUUUAGACUCUAUGGAAUGGCAUCGGCAGUGUUUGAGGGAACCUCCCUGGUGAACAUGUAUGUGAAGGACUGCUGGGUGAAUGGAAUCCGCAGACUUAUUAUCAAUCCCAGAGGAGAGGAAGAGGAGUUCUUCGAGAUCAGGACAGAAUGGUCGGAUAGAAAUGUUCUCUACCUGCACAGGAGUUAUGCAGAUUUGGGACGACUUUUUAAAAGACUGCUGGAGUGUUUUCCUGAAGACAAGAGAGAUUUGUCCAAGUGUUCUUUGAUAGAAGGCCUCAUGAAGAUUAAAGAAGCAAAGGACACUGAGGUCCGGUUAAAUGAGGUGGAGAGGCUAUUAAAAAAUGCCAUCACAAUGCCCUGGAAGUUUUCCAGGUCAGAGGUGGUCCUAACAUUUUUUGAACGUUCACCACUAGAUCAAGUGCUGAGAAACGACAACAUCCAGAAGAUACAGCCAUGCUUCCAGAGCCCUGUCAAGAUUUCUGAGAUUAUGAGGUCAAAUGGGUUCUGUUUGGCGAACACAGAGACCAUUGUGUUUGAUGAGAAUGUUCCACAGGAUAAAGACAGACCCUCCUCUACAGACUCAGCCGAGCUCUUGUAUGAUGAGGAUUUGAAGGAGUGCCUGACUAUGGAACCUGAACUUGAGGACAGUGAUGAUACAGAGGCGUACGUCACCAACCUGUCAUACUACCAUCUAGUGCCCUUCGAGUCGGACAUCCUUGAGUGAAGGGACAUAUUGUAUUACACAUGCAGGUGCUCACAGGAAAACCUCUGCUCCAGCUGUUCAGAUAAGCAGAUAGCUGCAUAUACAGACUGUGGCUGCUCAAUUCUAGCUUUUCUAAACGGCUGCUGGUGAUACGGUGCUGCUCUCACCCACGUGCCUCAGCAUUUACUUUGAUUUUUAAGGAGACAGUUUGGUCUGUGCAAGCAGUAAAUCAACAGUGGAACUUGUAAUUCAUGUGGUCAUUAUGACUGACUGAGCGAGUACAGAUCGAAACAUGGACAGGAUCUGUGAGUAGUUCUGGUUUGGAAAAUUAUGUAUUAGUAAGAUUUUAAAGGUUCUACAAUGUUUCUCAAGUUUGAGGCUUUUAUACACUGUCGAGUCACAUUGUUAUGACCACCAGCUGGACGGGCUGGAAGUGAGUGACUCAGUAAGGUCCUGGUAGGUUGUUACAUGUAUCUGGAGCCAUGCUGACUGCAGUGCAUCCCACAGCUGCUGAAGGCUGCGUGGUGGAGGAUCCAUAGAGCGAACACGACCAUCAAGGUGGUCCCAGAGAUGAUCAAUUGGGUUCAAGUCUGGGGAAUUAAGGGGCCAGGAUAGUACUUGAAAGUCUUGGUCAUGCUCUUCCAACCAAUUUCUAGCUGUGUGACGUGUCGCAUCGUCUUGCUGGAAGAUCCCAUCAGCCCCAGAGAAGACAAUCAGCAUGUAUGGGUGUACAUGAUCUGCAAGGAUGGAUUUUUACCCAAAUACCCACCAAGCCAGCUCAUGAAACGACUUCCUUCAUGAGCGAUGCACUGCAGGCGUCGAAAGUAGGAAGUGUUCAUAAUAACGUGACUCGACAGUGUAUGUCACAUUGGUUACUAAUGUAACAGAGACACUGUGAUAGAAGGGAACAGUUCUCGUAUCUGGUUUGAGAUACACAUCAGCAAGAUAUGGUGUGAAAUGGUCUCACGGGCACAGCAUACACCUCCAAUCACUCCCACUUUCAUAGCCCUGUCUUUUACAGGGGCUUUUAAUCGGUGCAGUUUUGCUGUGCUAUUAUUUUCUCAGCCCUGCUUUAAUUAUAAAUACUGUCAAUAAAAUACAGACAGUCUACUAAAAGCCUAAUCGCCAGUGUCAGAAAUUCCAUCCUACCUCAGCAGUAGACAGGAACAUGAGGAUGAUGAUGAUGAAUCAGUGUCUCAUUAACGGAAGUUGACGAGUGUUUAAUUUAUGACUCAUGAAGGAAAACUGAAUCGUUUCCACGUUAUUGCAUUGACGAUGCCGUAAACAUGUCAAGACUGUACAGAAGUCGGGCCGCUCAGGUGGCGAAUACACCGGCUAAGGCUGAGCGUCCACAUGAGCAACGAUUGGCCUGUUGUUCAGAUAUGGGUGGGACUAAGCCGGAUGGGGUCACUCUCAUGACUGGUGCAAUUACAACCUCUGCUGUCUGAUUGAUGCCGCCUGCACAGAGAGGAGAAAACAGUGCUCUCAGGGUGUGUCUCUCCGUACACAACGCUGAGCUGCACUGCACUCGUCAAAGUGUAGGUGAUAAGAUGCAUACGGCAUGCUGCCCACGUGUCGGAGGGGCGGGUUAGCUUUGUUCUCCUCAAUCAGAGCGGGGAUCGGCAUUGGUGGAGAGGAGGCAUGACGCAAUUGGGCAAAAUUGGACGCGCUAAAAAAGGGAGAAAAUGCAUAAAUAAAAUAUGUUUACCCACAAUGCAAAUGAGCUAAUUUCUAAAACUAAAAAGCAGAAAUCUGGAGCAGAAAAUGCUCAGUGCUGGAUCUUGUUGAAUAGACUUUUAAUCCUUUGUUUUUAUUAUUCAUGAUCCCCACUGGCUCAGGCUCCGACGGACUUUGUCUAGAGAGGAGCCUUACAUUCCAAUGUGACUCGUGGGUGCCGUUUCAAGACUCGUAAACAGGACUUUCGCUUUGUUCUUCUCUCGUACCAGUGCUGACACGGCAGUUCGGUUAUGUGGGAGAGAAAAUCGAGAAGAGCUUUACUAAAACGAUUAGAUUUAAACAAAUACAAGACAUCGUACAGCCUUACACUUUCGCUGCAGCAGCAGUCAGUUUACGGUGUAUAUAAAAUGAUUUAUAGAUUUAUCUAGACCCUGGAGAAUAUUUUAUAACGUCCAUUGUGCUUUCUGUUGUUAUUGUAAUAUUAAGAAAUAUAUUAGACUUUAAUUGGGGGAUUAAGUCAACACCAAAGCUUGGGGAAGUGCACAUACAGAGUGGGCUGUUUAAAGGGGUUUAUUUGUAUUGUUUAUUUAACAUGAAAUAGAAUAUUUAUUUUUCUAAUCAUGAAAAAUAUAGUUUAACUUUUGUCUUGUAAUGUGUUUACACUGAUCAGCCAUAACAUUAAAACCACCUCCUUGUUUCUACACUCACUGUCCAUUGUGUCAGCUCCACUUACCAUAUUUAGCCUGCUUUCACCCUGUUCUUCAGUGGUCAGGACCCCCACAGAGCAGGUAUUAUUUGGGUGGUGGAUCAUUCUAAGCACUGCAGUGACAAUGACAUGGUGGUGGUGAGUUAGUGUGUGUUGCGCUGGUAUGACCCUAGUUGGUCCACCUUGUAGAUGUAAAGUCAGAGACGAUCGCUCAUCUAUUGCUGCUGUUUGAGUUGGUCAUCUUCUAGACCUUCAUCAGUGGUCACAGGACCCUGACCACGUGGCGCUGUUGGCUGGAUAUAUUUUUGGUUGGUGGACUAUUCUCAGUCCAGCAUUGACAGUGAGGUGUUUAAAAACUCCAUCAGCGCUGCUGUGUCUGAUCCACUCAUACCAGCACAACACACACUAACACACCACCACCAUGUCAGUGUCACUGCAGUGCUGAGAAUUACCCACCACCUAAAUAAUACCUACUCUGUUGGGGUCCUGUGGGGGUCCUGACCAUUGAAGAACAGCAUGAAAGGGGGCUAAGAAAUCAUGCAGAGAAACAGAUGGACUACAGUCAGUAAUUGUAGAACUACAAGUGAUUCUAUAUGGUCAAUGGAGCUGGUUUUAAUGUUAUGGCUGAUCGGUGUAUAUGCUGCAUGAACCAGUUGUACACCGAUGCAAUUAUAGCAGUUUAAUCUGAAUGAAUACUUAAUGAAUGAAUUACUAUAUUAAUUUAUAUUAAUCUGAUAUUAUUCAUAUUGUUUUAAUAUUCUAUUAAAGCCUGAUUUCUAAAAUGUU